AUGGUGACCGCGGGCCGGUCAUGGGUGCCCGGGAUAUACUGCGCCUCGCUUUUGCUUGCGCUUUGCCAUAAUGCGCUUGGAAACACGAGUGCCCAGCCUUCUCCGAACGCCGCCACUGCCCCGAUACCGGUGACGACAUGCUCGGCGAAGAGUUCGUGGAAGAUUGAGGCGGAGUUAUUCCUCUUACCGCCGUGCUUGGAGACGCGCUGGGGACCAGGUCGGGAUUUUCUAGGUGGUGCCGUUCCUCCUGAGCCCAGUGCUGUCGAUUCCGAAUCGGCUGCGGUGCCCAGUGGGAUAAUCCAAGGGACUGCUAGCACAGCACCCGAGCGGAGCGCAGAGCAAGAACAGGAACAGGAUACAGACUCAUUAUUGGAUAGUGCGAGCUUCCUUUCAUUCGAAGACUGGAAGAAACAGAAUCUAGCGAAGGUCGGACAAUCAGCGGAGAAUGUUGGCGGGAGCAGACGAGCUGCAGCUGCAGGGAAAGAGGAUCGUCGACAGCCGGGGAUCAAUAAUGCGUUGGACUCCUUGGGCGACGAUGCAGAGAUUGAAUUGGACUUUGGUGGGUUCGGCGCUGAGACGCCCGAGGCUAGUCCUACUGCGUGGGGGACGCAUAUCCCCGCGCGCGACGCGGGCCAUGCAGAUGCUGCAGAUGGCCAAGCCGAGGUGGAUGUCUAUGCGCAGAGUGCAUUGCAGAGAGGUGCAUCGCGCCGAAAGGAUGCAGGCACCACUUGCAAGGAGCGGUUUAAUUAUGCUUCCUUUGACUGUGCGGCUACGGUGCUCAAGACGAAUUCCGAGUGCAAGGGUUCGUCAUCGGUUCUCAUUGAGAAUAAGGAUAGCUACAUGUUGAACGAGUGUCGCGCACAGAAUAAGUUCCUUAUUUUGGAGCUUUGCGAUGAUAUCCUUGUUGACACGGUCGUCCUUGCGAAUUAUGAGUUCUUCAGCUCCAUCUUCCACACGUUCCGCGUUAGUGUCUCGGAUCGAUAUCCUGCUAAACCGGAUCAGUGGAAGGAGCUAGGUGUCUAUGAAGCGCGGAAUACCCGUGAGGUGCAGGCAUUUGCUGUUGAAAACUCGCUUAUUUGGGCGCGGUAUCUGCGCAUCGAGUUUCUUACGCAUUAUGGUCAUGAGUUCUUUUGUCCGGUCAGCUUGAUCCGUGUUCAUGGAACAACCAUGAUGGAAGAGUAUAAGCACGAUGAAAGUUCCGAUCGGGCAGAGGUCGAGGAGGUGGAGUCUGCUGAGGCCAACCAGCUUCAUGAAUCGGAGAACAAACCUGUCGAUGUCCAGGUACCGGUCGAGGAGCCUGUUGCGCCGGUUGUCACCCGUACUAGAGUUGAGGAAGUUUGCGCCAACACACUGGCAGAUCCGAGUGCGCUCUUUGAAAAACUUCUUCAUGUGGAGACAUGUGGUGUCGAUGAAGGGCCGCCUGUCACUACUUCCUCCGCGCCAGCUACGGCAGCCCAGACAAAGGUGCCACCGAAGGAGAACUCUACUGUCACAGCAGGUGUGAGUACCUCAGUGACUAUCUCAGGGCCAUCUGCUCCUCCCAAGGCUGGAGACGAUACGCGAAAGACGGGUGAGUCUGCGAAAGGCGUUGUGACGACCUCAGAAGCAUCGUUUGCUUCUUCAGAAACUACCCAGCAGAACACCACAUCCGAAACCGCCGGCAAAGCCACCACCAAUGCUAAAGAGGAAUCGAACAUCCCUCCCUCAGAGUCGACCAGACCUACAAAUACACAACCACCCUCAGCAAACCCAACUACCCAAGAGUCCUUCUUCAAGUCCGUCCAUAAACGACUACAGAUGCUCGAGUCAAACUCUACCCUCUCCCUUCUAUACAUCGAAGAGCAGUCUCGCAUUCUGCGGGAUGCAUUCAACAAAGUUGAGAAACGACAACUUGCAAAGACAUCUACAUUCCUCGAAAAUCUAAAUGUCACAGUUCUUCAUGAACUGAAAGAAUUCCGUGAGCAGUACGACCACGUCUGGAAAUCUGUCGCUCUCGAAUUCGAGCACCAGCGCAUGCAAUACCAUCGGGAAGUCCAUUCCCUCAGCGCCCAGCUAGGCGUGCUAGCCGACGAGCUCGUGUUCCAGAAACGAGUUACCGUCAUCCAGAGCAUCAUGGUCCUCUGCUGCUUUGCUUUAGUCCUGUUUUCACGAGGGUCUGUCAGCAACUAUAUGGAAUUCCCGGGCGUUCAAAGAAUGGUCGCCCGGUCCUACAGCCUGCGUUCUUCAUCUCCCAUCUUCGCCUCUGCCUCGCCGUCUGCAAGUCCUAGUUCCACACGCCCGACGUCGUCUUACCGUGAGAACGGGGGCCACCGCAGGAAUAUCUCUGACUCGUCCGAGGACAGUGCGACUAGUCCGACAGCUGCUUAUGUCCCACCGACACCGACGUCUGAUUCCUCGCCGGAGCCCGAAGAGACGCAUAAAAUGGACCAGCAUAUCUCCCCGGAGCCUACGUCGGUGCCCACACUUGGAACACCGCAUUUCCGCCCUCAUAGCACCCCACCUGUCUUGAGAGGACGCAUCGUGGACUUGGAUGCCACUGACACUCAAGCCGACAAUCCGGGGUCGGAUGAGCUGUGA